AUGAGUACCGCCGAAAGCCACGAGGCCAAUGCGCCGAUCUCAACAGCGCGCACCGCAUUUCCCGAGGCAAUUGGAAACUCCGAUCAAUCGAAGCUCUCCGCGGAGCAGAUCACCGAACUUCAAAAAUCCACUCACUUUGAUAAGAAGGAAUUGCAACAAUGGUAUAAAGGUUUUUUGAAGGACUGCCCAUCUGGUAUGCUCACCAAGGAAGAAUUUCAAAAGAUCUACCGACAAUUCUUUCCAUUCGGAGAUCCAUCAUCCUUUGCAGACUAUGUGUUCAAUGUCUUCGAUAGCGAUAAAUCAGGUUCGAUCGAUUUUAAAGAGUUUAUCUGCGCCCUGAGUGUCACCAGUCGAGGAAAGAUGGAGGAUAAACUCGACUGGGCAUUCCAGCUUUAUGAUAUCGACGGGGAUGGAAAGAUCAGCUACGAAGAAAUGUUAGCAAUUGUAGAGGCAAUUUACAAGAUGGUUGGGUCAAUGGUCAAGCUUCCACCCGAUGAGGAUACCCCUGAGAAGCGAGUCAAGAAGAUCUUUCGUAUGAUGGACAAGGAUGAGAACGGCAGUCUGGAUAUGGAAGAAUUCAAAGAAGGAAGCAAACGUGAUGAGACAAUUGUAUCGGCACUUUCGCUCUACGACGGUCUGGUCUAG